UUCUUGGCUUUGCUAACUACUAAAACAGAAAAGCGACACCUACUACAGUGGGACAGUGACAUUGCAUACCGGAAAGGAUCAACGAAAAUCUGGGUACCCAAUUACCCUCCUUUGCGUCAGUUACUACUCGAAGAAUACAAUGACGUCCUAUACGCUGGACACUUCGGUAGCAACAAGACGCUGACCGGUAUUGCAAAGCACUACUACUGGCCCCACUUGGCAGAAGAUGUUCAGAAAUUCGUCACCUCGUGUGAUACAUGUCAGCGGAUCAAGAGCAGCAAGCAGAAAAAAGCAGGUCUGCUACAGCCUCUUCCUGUCCCAGAACAACCAUGGCAAGUGGUAAGCCUAGACUUCAUCAUCGGGCUACCCACUACUACAAGCGGUCAUGACGAGAUCCUCGUCGUCAUUGACCAGUUCUCCAAAAUGGGACACUUCAUCCCGACACACACGAUAGCACGCACGAAGAAACAGCACAACUCUUCGUUCGAUACAUCAUCUCACAGCAUGGCAUUCCAAUCACACUUAUCUCCGACCAAGACCCCAAGUUCACCAGCAAGUUCUGGAAGGAACUUAGGUCUCUACUCGGGACCAAACUCUCCAUGUCAUCCGCCUACCAUCCGCAGACAGACGGACAGACCGAGCGCCUCAACCAGAUUGUUGAGCAACUCUUCCGAGCAGCCUGCAAGGAUGAGAUCUCCAAAUGGGACUUGCACCUGCCUCCAUCUCCCAUCUAAACUUCGACCUCGCUUCUGCGGACCUUUCCUCGUUGAAGCACAGGUCACUCCUAUUACCUUCCGCUUACGCCUACCAGCAACCUGGAAGAUUCACAAUGCCUUCCAUGUCCAACUGAAGCCCUAUCGGGAUCCGAACACGAUCUUCGUCGGACGCCAACCGCCGCCGCCGCCACCCGUCCUCGUCCAGAAUGAACCCGAGUACGAGGUCGAGUCCAUGCUUGCACACCGCCAUCGUCGGAAUGGCGCCGUGGAGAUUCUCAUUCGUUGGAAGGGUUAUGAUCCUUCUGAGGAAAGCUGGGUACCUGAGUCCGACAUGGGUAAUGCCCGUCGUCCUCUGCAUGACUAC